UUCACGAACUGAUCAUAAGGUUAUUUUUUUUCCUGAAACAUCUGUCAGCAUGGCAGCAUUGUUUAGGAUCUGGAUGUUUAAAGUCAUCUUCAUGGGAUUAUUAGAUCCAUCUCAGGCUUCAGUGCGUCCUCGCGUCUCAUUCGCUCGUGGAAGUUCAGAGCGUGUGUUGGGCAUCUACAGCAGCUCUACCCUGAAAAACACCUCCACUCUGCUGCUCAGCACAGAUCAAGACACAUUGUUUGUUGGUGCUCGAGAUGCUUUGCUCUCUCUGGACGUCAGUCAGCCUGAUAGUAUUACACUCAAAGACGAGUUGGAAUGGACAUCAUCUCCAAAACAAAAUGAAACCUGUAGAAUGGCAUCAAAGAUGGACUGUGGAAACUUCAUCAGUAUUGUACAGUUUUUCAACUCUACACACCUCUACGCCUGUGGGACAAAUGCAUAUAAACCACAAGCAAUCAUCAUUCCAGCAAGUUCUCUGCACGCAAACAGCGAAACAAAAGAGGCCAAAAACUGCUGUCCCUUCAGCUCCACGCAGAGGAACACAGCCAUCAUUGUUGAUGGAGAGCUGUAUACAGCAACCAAUGUCGGCUUCUUUGGAGACAAAAACGUAAUUUCUCGCUGUCAUAGCAGAGGAACACGCAACAACUUGGAGCUUGAGACUGUACCAAAAUUGCUACAAGAGCCUGUAUUCAUAAGUUCGACACAUGUCGCCAGUGAAGGGAAGAUCCUGCUGUUUUUUACUGAGAAUGGGGACUUGAGCGGAGAUUAUUUUGGGAACUCUUUUACUGUGUCUCGUGUGGCACAGGUCUGCACGGAUGACAAUGGAGGAACCCUCACCUUACAAAGGCGCUGGACAUCUUUUGCUAAGGCUCAGCUGGUCUGCCAACAAGGAGAAGAUCUUCAGUUUAACAAACUUCAGGAUAUUGUCAAACUUUCCCCAUCCGACAAUGAUUCUCCAGACAACACGCUGUUCUACGGGGUCUUCACUUCACAACGGUCGGUUUCAUCUGGUCUGUCAGCGGUGUGUGCUUUCAGUCUGAAGGAUAUUAAAGCUGCUUUUUCAGGGAAUUACAAGACAUUCGACUUGAGAGGAAAUCACUGGUCACCUCAGCCAAAUACAGACGGAAAACUCGGCAAGUGUGGAUUAUUUAAUGACACUGACCGCGUGUUGAACAUAGUGAAAAAGAGCUUCCUGGCUGAAAAAGUUGUGCAUCCAAUGGAUAAAGCACUGCUUCUGUCCUCCGCAGAAGAGCGAUAUACUCGUCUAGCUGUUCACAGAACUCAAGCUGCAGAUGGACAUACUUACACCAUCCUGUACCUGCUCACCGAGUCUGGAUUUCUUCAUAAAGUCGUCCUGCUUGCUGAAGGUCCUCAUAUCAUCGAGGAGAUUCAGAUUUUUAAGCAGCCACAGAUUGCGAAAAACAUCCUCCUGUCCAAAAGAAAGGGUGUGCUGUUCAUCGGCUCUUCUGAGGGAGUGUUCAGAGUGCCACUGUCAAACUGUUCAGCUUAUCCAAUCUGUGCAGAGUGUGUAUUAGCACGUGACCCGUUCUGUGGCUGGGAUGCAGAGACCAGAGCAUGCACUGCUGUGUCUGAAACAAAGUCUACCCUGCGGCAGGACGUGGAAAGAGGAAAUAUCACAGAACAGUGUAUAGAGUUCAGAAAUACUGCUGCAGUGAUGUACAAGACUGCGCAGUUAAAUGAGAUUGUGGUUUUGCCCUGUCAGUCGAAAUCCAAACUGGCGAAGGUGACCUGGAGGUUCUCAAACAACAGCCUCGUUCCCCAGUUCCCAUACCUGCAGUGGACGGAUGGCAGUCUGGUCUUCCCUGUCUCUCCAGAGACCACAAACAACUACCGCUGCGUGUCUGAGGAGCUGGGCUUUCAGCAAACCAUCGCCACCUUUGCUGUAAAUUUCCCUGUAGUUCCUCGAUCUCGCAUGUCUCCAUCACACCAGCAACCUGAGCACACCGACUUCACCACAAUUGAGCUUGAUGAAUCUGAACCUAUAAAUGAGAAAAAAAUAAAUGCCAUGAGCGAGGAAAAACAAGCCAGCCCUUAUCACAAUGCUGGAAAAGACACUCUGUGCAUCUCACAGAAGAGCUACUACUCUGAAAUGGUCGCUGUUUGCAUCUUUUUUGUAAUUUUUUGUUUCUGCAUACUCGCUUGUUUUGUGGUCAUGUGGAGGAACGGCAAGAGGUGCAACAAAAUUUUACCUCAGGAACUGCCUCAGAAAGGCACUGAGUCUGACAAAAUCUGUCAGACAGAACUCUAACAAAAGCAGAGCUAAAAACUGCUGUAUUCCAGGAGUGAUUCUUGAUCCACAGUAUGGAAAAUAACUUUUCCACUUUGAAAUGAAUCAAAGGUGAUGGGUGUAAUGGUUAUAAUAUGGGUCAUGCUAUUUAAAAUUUAUUGAUAUUUAUGCUGUUUUAUGUAAUCAUUUUUUCAUCACAAAAUAGGGUUAGUCAGCUCUGACAUAUAAAUGAAGACUUGUUUGUGUCAUUUAAAGUCUUAAUAGAACUUUAACAUACACUCUAUAAAAUGCUGGGUUGUAUAAAUGCAACAUUGGGUCAAAUAUGUACAAUUAUUAAAUUACAAUUAAAUAACAUUUUUCAACCCAACUGAUGGAUUUGUCCAUACAGUGCUCAGUGUAAAUAAAUACACCUCUCAAAUCUAUCUUUUAAAUUAAUAUUUUAAAUUAGUAUUAAUAUAACAGUCCAAUUUCCCAAAGAUGGGUUGCGGCUGGAAGGGCAUCCGCUGUGUAAAACAUGUGCUGGAUAAGUUGGCGGUUCAUUCCGCUGUGGUGACCCCGGAAUAAUAAAGGGACUAAGCUGAAAAGAAAAUGAAUGAAUGAAUAACGUUGCAAAAAUAAGUGCAUCCAAAUGUAUAUGGUAGAGAAAAAUCUUAAAUAAAACCUAAUAAAAAAAGGAAAAAUCUCAAGAAACAAAAAAUAUUAAAACAUUAGUUGACAUUCUUUUAUUGUUUGCAAUAUUUUGCUUGAAUUUAAUUUUAUUAUCUUUCAAUUUCUAAAUAUGCUUGGUGACUUAAAUAUUCAAUUGAAUUCAAUUCAUCUUUGUUUCUAUAUAGAGCUUUUACAAUUUAGAUUGUGUCAAAGCAGCUUCACAUAGAAGAUUAUAGUAAAUUGAAACAUAUUAUUUUUAAUAAAUAUAUCUGUUUAAUAAAUCUGUUUCGCUCAAAUACACCCAAAUACAUUGCCUAUGUUCACUGAGAAAUGGAUAAAAAACAUUCAUUUUCAAAAUGAGGUGUACUCAUUUAAAGCAACUCAGUAUUUUUUAGAGUGCAGAAUGUUUUAAAUGUUUCUAAAAGACUUUGAGUGGACGAACAUUUCAUUAAAAGGUUUUGAAAAUUAAUGUAAUAUGGGACAUUUAUACAGUGCAUAUUGUAAACACUGUGAGAUUCAAUGGGUGUCUACUUUAGGGUUCAUAAUUAAUAACUCAGGAAAAUUCUAAAUGACUUAUGCAAUUAAUGUGGUUAUGUUGUUCGUUUUUCUUUGUAUGAAUAACUAUCAUUCUCACUUUAAUUGUACAUUGAAACCAAGAAGGGUGGCAUGGUGGCUCAGUGGUUAGCACUGUCGCCUCACAGCAAGAAGGUCACUGAGUCCCGGCCGGGCCAGUUGGCAUUUCUGUGUGGAGUUUGCAUGUUCUCCCCGUGUUCGCGUGGGUUUCCCCCACAGUCCAAAGACAUGCGGUAUCUGUGAUUUGGGUAAACUAAAUUGUCUGUAGUGUAUGUGUGUGAAUGAGUGUGUAUGGAUGUUUCCCAGCACUGGGUUGUGGCUGAAAGGGCAUCCACUGUGUAAAACAUAUGCUGGAAUAGUCAGCAAUUCAUUCCGCUGUGGCGACCUCUGAUAAAUCAGAUAUUAAGCUGAAGGGAAAUGAUUGAAUGAGUGAAGCCAAGGCUUGUCAACUAGCUAAAGUCACUCAUUUAAUGUCAUUACAUUUGUUUAAGGAUUAAAUCUAAUUAGUCCCUAAAGAAAUUAAGCACAGUUAGCAAUUAUGAGUAUUUUAUUUUUGAUUGCUAUUUAGAUGUGAGCCAAAGUAAAGGUCACAUGGUUUAAUCCCAUCAUAAACUGUACCUUACAAAAAUUAACUAUGGUUUUACUACAAAUAAAACAAACACACAUAGGAAAAUUAUUAUUAUUGUAGUUAAACUUAAGUAUGCACAAAUUCUGUGGUUUUGCUAUACUAGCCAUAAUUUAACUAUUGUAGUAAAAGGUUGUACAAAUGGAAAUGAUGCACCAAAUACAUUGUUAAAAAACACUUAGACUGUAAUAAAACUAUGGUUAAACUUAA